AUGGUCGAAGGCAUCUCUGGCAACAUCACCAACACUACCCAAACCCCCAGCCUGAAGCCCAACACCCAGCUGUACAACCUCGCAGAAGCACUACGCUCCGCUCUAGUAGAGCCGUUCGCCGAGAAUGAUCCCAUCCACGAAUGCGGCACCGCCGCUCUCUCUAUCAUCGCGAGACGCCCUGACGAUGUGAUCCGCCUUGCCCAUGAGAAGAUUCAUAGCAUCCGGUACCAAGACGUGCCUACUAGCUGGCUGAGGCUCUAUACGGAAGGUUCGUUAUGGAAGGCUUUGCGGAUAGUUGACGAAGAGUGUGGUUUGGAUCAGGAGCCCCAGAAGGCCGGAAGAGGAUAUGAGCUUGGUUCUUCGCCAGUUGCUGCCAACGGUGAUGGAGAAGCCCGCGUGGGCAAAGAAGGGCGGCAAGAGCAGGAGUAUGACUGGAUCGCAGCCGUCGUCGAAGCGCUCGACAUGGCCCUCAUUGUAGCCGGCGCACCUCUACGAGAGGGCCUCGCCGAGCAAGCCAUAGACCACCUAUCCGCCCUCGCCGAACAGUCCUUUCUCUCUCCACCUCCCAGAUCGACAGAACCACCUGCCAAACGCCGAAAGCUCUCCCCGACCUCCCCUCCACCUUCCACCAUCCCAGCAACCUUCCCUUCCAACCCCUCCAACCGCCCAACCCUCCGCUUCCCAAUCCCGCGCGUCCACGACCUCAGUCUCGCGGCCUUCGAAGCCCACCUCAACAAUGUGACGGAGCCCCUCAUCAUCACCGGUGCGCUGGACCACUGGCCCGCCCUCAGCGAUCCGGAGCGCGCGUGGAGUAACCCGCGGUAUCUGAUGCGGAAGACAGUAGGCGGCAGACGUCUUGUGCCCGUCGAGUUGGGUCGUAGCUAUACGGCCGAGAACUGGGGGCAGAGAAUCAUCACGUUUGGGGAGUUCAUGUCUCGAUACAUGCUUAACGAGCCCAGCCGCAAAGCCCGACCAGCCGCGCCAACCAGCGAAGACGGCCAGGACGACGCCCCAGACGGUGAAGGGGAAAAGGCUGGAGAGGAAGAGGGAGCAGUGGAACAAGCACACCAAAUAGGCUACCUAGCCCAACAUCCCCUCCUAACCCAAAUUCCCUCCUUGCGCUCCGACAUCAGCGUCCCUGACUACUGCUGCGUCCGGCCCUCCUCUCCUAUUUCCCCCUCCUCUUUUUCCCUCAAUCCCUCCCCCAGCCCUACUGAACCCCUCCUAAACGUCUGGUUCGGCCCCGCCAACACAAUCUCUCCCCUCCACACCGACGCCUACCACAACAUCUUCGCGCAGGUAGUUGGCGCAAAGUACGUGCGGCUUUACAGUCCGGCGCAGGGGAAGGUUCUUUACCCGCGGGGAGUUGAGACGGGAGGAGUCGAUAUGGGGAAUACGGCUCAGGUGGACUUGGAUGAGUUCGUUGGGUUGUUUGAGGGGGGUUGGAGUGGAAGAAAUGGAGAUGGAGGAGAGGAUUGGGAUGGGGAUAGAAAAGGGGGAGGGGGUGGGGAUCGAGAUAGGGAGGCAAGGAGGCAGGCGUUUGAGGAGGCCUACUCGGGGUUCAGGGAGGCUGAAUUCGUGGAGGGGGUUGUGGGGCCGGGUGAGUGUCUGUAUAUUCCCCCGGGGUGGUGGCAUUAUGUUAGGAGCUUGGAGGCGAGCUUUAGUGUUAGUUUCUGGUGGGACUGA